GUCAGUGGGUGUUCACUUACAUUUACGUUUAUUAAAUUAUAUUGUUAGUUUUAACAAAUGUGUAUAAAAUAUAUAUUUUUUAGUGUAUACUAGUUCUUUUUAAAUAUUGUGUUAAUUUUUAGUAUUCAUUGUUCCCAUCGACUGUGAUAUAUUUUUUAAUUCAACGAGAAUAACGUAAGAAUGCUUAGAGGAAGAGUGCAACAUUUACUUCAUUGCAUACUAUUUAUAUCAUUUAUAUUCUUAUUUUUGGUCUUUGCUGGUGCUAUCAAUUUAGACAACAAAGAGAAGCCUUAUAUCGAUCCUUGGGAGACCUACGGCAUUUAUGGAGCUAUUAUUUUGUACACUUUGAGGCUUCUUACAUUUCUAACAAUACCUCAAGUUUUAUGUAAUUUUGGAGGAUUAACAUUAUUUAAUGCAUUCCCUGGGAAAAUUAAAUUGAAAGGAUCUCCUUUGCUUGCUCCUUUUAUUUGCAUAAGGGUUGUGACUAGAGGUGAUUUCCCUAAGCUUGUAAGGGAUAAUGUCUCCAGAAAUAUGAAUAUGUGUAUAGAUGUGGGUAUGGAGAACUUUAUGAUUGAAGUUGUGACUGAUAAAGCUUUAAACUUGCCUAAACACAGAAGAGUAAGAGAAGUUGUGGUGCCACCCGAGUAUAAAACAAAAACAGGCGCCUUGUUUAAGUCAAGGGCACUUCAGUAUUGUUUGGAAGAUAACGUUAAUAUAUUGGCUGGGACUGACUGGAUUGUACAUUUAGAUGAAGAGACUCUAUUGACGGAUAAUUCUGUUCGUGGUAUAUUAAACUUUGUGCUAGAUGGUCAACAUCAAUUUGGCCAAGGUUUGAUUACUUAUGCAAAUGAGCAUAUUGUGAAUUGGUUAACAACACUUGCGGACAGUUUCCGGGUAGCUGAUGAUAUGGGAAAAUUGAGAUUUCAAUUCUAUUUAUUUCACAAACCACUUUUCAGUUGGAAAGGCUCAUAUGUGGUUACUCAAGUCAGUGCUGAGAAGAAAGUUUCAUUUGAUAAUGGUCUUGAUGGUUCAGUCGCAGAAGAUUGUUACUUUGCCAUGAAAGCGUAUGUGGAAGGAUAUACAUUUAAUUUUGUUGAAGGAGAAAUGUGGGAGAAAUCUCCUUUUACUCUUUGGGAUUUUAUGCAGCAAAGAAAAAGGUGGAUCCAAGGUAUACUAUUAGUCGUUCAUUCUCAAGAAAUACCUGUUUUUAAUAAAAUUUUCUUAGCAAUAUCAUGUUACUCGUGGGUAACACUGCCUUUAUCAACUAGCAAUAUUUUACUUGCAGCCCUUUGUCCUAUACCAUGUCCACAAUUAUUAGAUCUUAUAUGUGGUUUUAUAGGAGCAGUCAAUAUUUACAUGUAUAUAUUUGGUGUUAUUAAAUCAUUUCCAAUUCAUAGAUUUGGCCCUCUUAAAUUUUUUCUGUUUGUUGGAGGAGCGUUAGCUACAAUUCCCUUCAACAUAGUCAUAGAGAAUAUUGCUGUCAUAUGGGGUGUGUUAGGUAAAAAGCACAAAUUUUAUAUUGUAAAUAAAGAGGUAAAGAUACCAGUUACAGUAUGAUUUUUAUAGUAUUUGAUUGUUGGUUUCAUACAGUUAUAAAAAUACAUAGCACAAAUAACUUAAGAUUUGUUUGAUAAUAUAAUGCUUAGAGAUCAAUGCAUGUUGAUAUGAUUAUUUGUUUUUUUAUUUAUAUCAGUGAUUGUAAUUUUUUACACAUGAACAAGUAUUUAGUCACCUGUCCUAUAUUACCAAAGACUUAAAAUUUUGAUUUAGAAGUAAGUUUUAGUUUUGUCAAUUUUCAUUACAUAAUUGAGUUUGUUAUUUAUUUUUAGUCUGUAUAACUUUCGAUUAGAAAUAAAAACUUUUCUUAAUGAACAAUAUAUUUUGUAUUUUUAUAAACAACAUAUUUUUUUAGUAGAUACUGUUGUUAUUGUUGCGUGUUUUAGUAUUAUUUUUAGUUAGUAUUCAGUUUUAAGUUAGUAGAUCUACAGAUGGAAAGACAUUCAUUAUAAUUCAAGUAUACAAAUGCAUCUGAUUAUGAGGAAAUAAUAAGAUAUAAGUUGGCACAAAAACAUGGUAACUACCCAUACUCACAACAGACUGUUAGAGGAGAAUAAUGUAAGAAUUAUAGUGUAGUGUAUUGUUUGUAUGAAUAUUUAUUAUAUAACAUAUAUAAACAUGGGCACACAUUAAGAUUUAUUAAAAUACUUAAAUAACGAAAAUAUUUGUAAGUUAUAUGUCCAUUGUUUUGUUCUACACAAUGUACUUAAAUAUACAACUAAAUUUAUGUAGACUCAGGAUUUUGAGAUUUUAUUAAUUUAGUGAAUUUACCAAUAAUCGAGUAGUUCCAUUGGAAACAUUUUAAUUAAUUGGUUAGUUUCCAGUAAGAUAAAUAAUAUUUGAUUCGAAAAAUUUUAAAAAUAUUUAGUUAUUACUGUUAGUGUAAAAGGUUUUAUGUAAAAAUUAAGUUACAAUUUAAAAUUUCUUCAAUAACUGUCUGUAGACAUUAUAAAUUUUAUGAUUUAGAAGUUAAGUUAAUUAGUUACCAUGGAAAAAGCAGAGGGAAAUAUUGAAUAAUAUAUUAAUAAAACAUAAGGGAAAUAUCAGUUUUUAUGGUUUGUUGUAAAGUAUGCAUAAUUUUACAUACAACCUUUUCCGACUAAGAGUCACAUGUGGAAAGUUAUUAUUAUCAAUUGUAUUAUCAUGAACACAUCAGCCUUGCUUGAAUUUGUAGACACAAUUUAUAUGAUUCCAAUAUAAAACCUGAAGCAUUUUAAUUAAAAAAAAAAUUAAUAAUUUUCGUGUAGCUCAGGUACCGGAAUCCAAUUUGUAAUAAAAAUUAAAACUACUUUAUAAAAAUUCGCGCGAUGCGGACGUUAUGGCUUCGUCUCUACUAUAUUAUUUUAAAAUAUAAUGCGUUGAAUGUAGUUAUGACACAAUUUAUCUAUUUUUAUUGACCAGAAAUUUGUAAAUUUUGAUUUGUUUAAAAUGUUAACCAUUCAAUAUCUAAGUAACAAAACAUUCGAUUUUUGUAAGUUUCAUAUAUAAAACCUGUUUAUGGUAUUUUGUAAAUGAUCUCUAAAAAAAAAAAAAAACAAGCUAAAAAGACAUUGUUGAUUCCUUAAUACCGUUUUGUAAUUACGACCUGAAGGAAUGUUCAAAAUUUAAAUUUAAGUAGCUUAGUUAAAGUAUUACGUUUAGUAUACAUUCUUGUUUUUCAUGUAAAUUAUGAUGUAAAGAAAAUUUUGUGUGAAACGUAAAAUUGUCCUCAGUAUUGUACUUCGUUUACUUAGAUAUAAAAAAUAUCAAUCACUAUUAUCAGUUUAAAAAAUAGCAUUGUUAUUAUCUUCUUAAACAUAUUUGACUAGUCAUAAAUGUAAUUAAGUAUGAUAGUUAUUAAAGUAAUAUUACGUAUGUUUAAUAUAUAAUUGUCAAAUUUUUCGUCGCAUGUAAGGGUCAAAUCGUCGUUUACAAGGUGUCAAUUGGUGCCUUGCGCUCCCUUAGGGACGAUUCACAUAUGCGUCGCAUCGAAUCGCGCGCGUGGUAAAGGAAAUUGAAUUGUCUGCACAAUAUUUAAAGUCCAUUUCUUGAUUCGAUGCGACGCAUUCGAUGUGAAUCGUACCUUAUUAUAACAAUUAACUGCCACAUACUGACACGUCCCCAAUUAAAAGAAUUACACAAUUAUGUGAUUAUAGCAAGCAUUUGAGGAACUGAAUUUGAGUUGGUAUAUUUAGUGAAUUUUAUUUUAUAAUUGGAAAAUAGUAUUAUCAUUGAUAUAUGUGUAGAAUUAGUUUAUCAAAGUUUUUAUAAUUAUCAUACGCGUUUGUCGUUUGACAGUAUCACGAAAAAACUUCAAUUUCAAUUAUGUUAAUAGAUUUAGUGAAUAAAACAAAACAACCUUUAAAUAUUAAAGUGAUUGCGAAUCCCAAGAACGAACAAACCAAAUCUUCCACAUCAAAUUAUUCAUUAUAUCGCAUAUCUAAGUAAUAGUUGUGGUUUACUGGAUUUCCAAUAAUCAUAUUAUUGAUAAGAUAACCCAUUCUCGCAUGCAUGGUUUUAACUGAUAAUUCGCACCUCAUUCUGACGGAUAUACUUAUAUUGAAUAAAAAGUGAUUUCCGAUUGAGUA